AUGGCUGCUAUAUCUGGUGUUGUUUCCCGCCAAGUUUUGCCUGUUUGUGGUUCUCUUUGUUUCUUUUGCCCUUCUUUGAGGGCUAGGUCCAGACAGCCUGUCAAGAGGUACAAGAAGCUCAUUGCUGACAUUUUUCCUCGUAACCAGGUGACACAGGAAGAUGAGCCAAAUGAUAGGGCAAUAGGAAAACUUUGUGAUUAUGCUGCCAAAAAUCCUUUACGCAUCCCAAAGAUUGUUAAUGCCCUUGAGCAAAGGUGUUACAAGGAGCUACGGAAUGAGAAUAUUCGCUCUACAAGAAUUGUCAUGUGUAUCUACAAGAAAUUUCUGCUUUCUUGUAAAGAACAAAUGCCAUUGUUUGCUAGUAGCUUACUAAGUAUUAUCCAAACCCUGUUGGAUCAAACACGGCAGGAUGAAAUGAGAGUUAUUGGAUGUAACGUUCUUUUUGAUUUUGUAAAUAAUCAGGUUGAUGGAAGUUACCUGUUCAGCUUAGAAGGUGUUAUCCCAAAGCUCUGUCAAUUAGCUCAAGAAACGGGGGAGGAUGAAAGGGCUAGAAUUUGUCAUUCAGCUGGUUUAAAAGCUCUUUCAUCAAUGGUUCGGUUUAUGGGGGAACACUCUCACAUAUCAGUUGAGUUUGAUAAUAUUGUUUCAGCUGUCUUGGAAAACUAUGAAGUUCCUAAAGAAAAUUCAGCUAGUCUUGAUCAUGAGGAACAAGGUAGUGAGACUAAGUUGGAUCAAGGCACCGCCAAUGAGGGUCAAAUCUCUCAUUUGCUAGAUGUCAAAAAGAGAAACCCAUCUUGGAGUAAAGUUGUUAACGACAAAGGCGAUGUAAAUUUUGCAAUGGAAGAUGACGGGAAACCCUCUUUUUGGUCCGGGGUUUGCCUACAUAGCAUGGCCAAUUUAGCUAAGGAAGGGACUACUAUACGUCGUGUAAUGGAAUCUUUGUUCCGGUACUUCGAUAGCGGCAAUUUGUGGUCUAUAAACCAGGGUCUUGCUUUUUCUGUGUUGAAGGACAUACUAUUUUUGAUGGAUGAUUCUGAGAAAAACACACAUGUAUUGCUGUCAAUGUUAAUUAAGCAUCUAGAUCAUAAAAUUGUUAUUAAAGAACCCAACAUGCAGCUGGACAUUGUUGAGGUGGUCACUUCACUAGCUCAAUAUGCAAAGGUCCAACCUUCUGUAUCAAUAAUUGGUGCAGUAAGCGACAUGAUGAGACAUUUGCGGAAGACCAUACAUGGUUUCCUAGAUAACUCAAAUAUGGAGACUGACGUAAUCAAUUGGAAUAAAGAUUUCAGAAAAGUUGUGGAUAAAUGCCUUGUUCAGUUAGUAAAUAAGGUUGGAGAAGCAGACCCAAUUAUUGAUGUUAUGGCUGUGAUGUUAGAGAAUAUCUCAACAAUUACAAUGACAUCCCGAACCACGAUCUAUGCUGUCUAUCGGACGGCUCAAAUUGUAUCCACCUUACAAAACCUGUCUUAUCAGAAAAAGGCAUUCCCUGAGGCAUUAUUUCACCAACUGCUUUUGGCUAUGGUCCAUCCAGAUCAUGAGACACGAGUGGUAGCUCACCGCAUUUUUUCUGUCAUUCUUGUGCCAACGGCUUCCGAUCCUAAAGUAUUGGGUGUUCCAAGAACACUUUCGAGAGCAGUCUCUUUUUUCACUUCUUCAGCUUCUAUAUUUGAGAAACUAAGAAUGGAGAAACGUUCUUCAAGUGUAAGAUUAAGUCAGUAUAACAAAGAAAAUGUUGCUGGAGAGAUUGAACCAGCUAGUAGCAAUGUUGGCAUCAUAGACAGAUUGAAGUCAAGCCAUAGUCGGGUAUAUAGUGUGAAUAAUCCUCCUCUAAAGAAUAAAAUGGACGAAAUUACUGCAAACAAUGAUAAACAAAACUUGGAUGUUGUUGCGCUCAGGCUGAGUAGGCAUCAGAUAAACCGAUUGAUAUCAUCAAUUUGGGCACAGUCUAUAUCUCCUGAAAAUAUGCCUGUAAACUAUGAAGCAAUUGCUCUUACAUACAGCUUGGUGUUGCUUGUUUCUAGAGUUAAGCUUCCAAAUGGUGGACAAGCCAAUAGUCGCUUGGGAUUUAACGGAACUUGGUUAGUUGCAGCAUGUUUUGUGGAUUGGUUACCAACUGGUUUGAUGUAA